UCUUACGAUCAAGGAAACCAAUGAAGAAGAGGUCGUAUCAUAGGGGUGCGAAACGUAGAAAUUCUGCAUCAACGGUAAUUUUAUGGUGACAAACAUUGAGGGUGACAGGCACUAGGAUAGAUAAAGUGAGAAGGGGGCCUCCUAGUCUGUCACCUAAACGUGUUUUCAGGCGAAUCCACCCGAGACCCUACUCGCGGACUCCGAUCUAAUUUCAUACAUCAAGUACGCGACGGCAUCAUGGCCUACAUCGCUGUCCAAAGGAUAAAACGGGAAUUUAAGGAGGUUCUUAAAAGCGAAGAGACAAGUAAAAACCAGAUCAAGGUGGACCUGGUGGAUGAAAACUUCACAGAACUGAAGGGAGAGAUCGCAGGUCCCCCAGACACACCAUAUGAAGGAGGGAGGUAUCAGUUAGAAAUCAAAAUUCCAGAAACCUAUCCAUUCAACCCGCCAAAGGUGCGAUUUAUUACAAAAAUCUGGCAUCCCAACAUCAGCUCUGUGACCGGUGCCAUAUGCCUGGACAUCCUCAAAGACCAGUGGGCGGCAGCCAUGACUCUGCGGACGGUGCUGUUGUCUCUCCAGGCUCUGCUGGCGGCCGCCGAGCCAGAUGACCCGCAGGAUGCUGUGGUGGCCAAUCAGUAUAAGCAGAACCCAGAGAUGUUCAAACAGACGGCUCGGCUCUGGUCGCACGUAUACGCUGGCGCUCCCGUCUCCAGUCCAGAAUACACACGCAAAAUAGACAAGCUCUGCGCAAUGGGCUUCGACAAAAAUGCGGUAAUAGUGGCGCUGUCAUCGAAAUCCUGGGAUGUGGAGACGGCAACAGAGCUCCUGCUGAGCAACUGACUCCACUCUUUUGCUUGCUUCCUCUUCCUCCCUCAGAGCAUCACCCUCCCCUCCCUCUCCCCAUCUCCAUCAUUCUCUCAUCUGCAACGCUUUUCUUUCUACUCUCUCUCUCUCUCUCUCUCUCUCUCUCUCUCUCUCUCUCUCUCUCUCUCUCUCUCUCUCUCUCUCUCUCUCUCUCUCUCUCUUUCUCUCUGUCUCUCUCUGAAAGACAUAUACACACUCAAAUACACAACCAUUCUCGUAGUCUCCUCGCUACAGUCCACUCGUCUCAUCAGCCCCCGCCCACCCCCGAGACAAACUCACAUCUUCAGUUCCAUCUUGCAGUAUCAACACAUUAAGGCCCACACAGGUUAAGACACACACACACACACACACACACACACACACACACACACACACACACACACACACACACACACACACACACACACACACACACACACACACACACACACCGACUAGCACACCAGUUCUUCUGAAAGAUUAAACUCUCCUGAAUUCUCUCCCGGAGUUCUCCUGAUUCCCCAAUGUCUCCUCCUCUCUCUCACCGUUCUCCCUCUCAUGGACAUUCUCAGUUAUUUGCUACCCCAUUGAGGUGUGGUUUUGCUUUCUCUCUCUCACACACACACACACACCCACACACACACACACACACACACACACACACACACACACACACACACACACACACACGCAUCCUGUUACUCAAUUCACUUCUCUUUACUUUUCUCUGCUGACCAUUGCCUUUCAUCUGCUUAAGAAAAAAAAACAAUUUCUGUUUGAACAUGCAGCUUCGUUCCUUCUCUCUCUUUUUUUUAGUUCUUUUGGCUUUUUUUUUGGAUCUUGCAUUCUGACCACGCUUUUCCUUCUACCUGCCUGCCUACCUUUUGUGUUGCCUGGAAAUCUCACACCGGGCAUUUUUAAACUAUUACCCCCUCUUCCCCUUCCUCCAACCCUACCUCUUUUAUGUACAAUCAUCCACAUCUAUCCUCCCCCUGCCCUCCCCCCUUCUCCACUUCCCCCUUUUUAUUUGGAAGACAUUUGGACGCCCACUUCAAAGUUAACCGUAAAAUGUAAAGAAUCAAUAUUCAUUAUUUUCCCUUUCACUGUUUGAGAAGACAAGACAGCAUAGCCUGAAGCAACCAAGACUGGAUUGUUAAAUGACAAAAAAAGAAAGUUAAGAGAGAAUAGUGUUGCCACACACCCACAAACAAAAGAAGAAAAAAAACGUAUGUCUUAAAGAAAUGACAUGACAAAAGAAGAUUUCAGUUGUAAAUAAUGCUAUUAAAGUCUGUAUAAAUUAAAAAAAACA